GUGCUAAUCUAUGAUUAGCAUGCAUAUAUAUAUAGAUGGGGUAUGUCGAUUGUGCAUAGAUCACAAAAGUCAAGCCUCGAGUACAAGAAUGUCUCCGAAUGUAUAUGAAUUUGUUUACAAGAUGGUAAGUUUCGUGAAUCCUGCAGUCUUUUUGUACUGUUUCACAAUGUAUGAGCUAAUCUAUGAUUAGCAUGCAUAGAUGGGGUAUGUCGAUGUGCAUAGAUCAUGAAAGUCGAGACUUGAGAUCAAGAAUGGACUCGAGAUCAAGAAUGUCUCCGAACGUAUAUGAAUUUGUUUACAAGAUGGUAAGUUUUGCGAAUCUUGUGCAGUCUUUAUGUCGAUUGUGCAUACAUCACAAAAGUCGAGCCUCGAGUACAAGAAUGCCCCCGAAUGUAUAUGAAUUUGUUUACAAGAUGGUAAGUUUCGUGAAUCCUGCAGUCUUUUUGUGCUGUUUCACAAUGUAGGAGCUAAUCUAUGUUUAGCAUGCAUAGAUGGCUAUGUCGAUGUGCGUACAUAGAUCAUGAAAGUCGAGACUCGAGAUCAAGAAUGUCUCCGGACGUAUAUGAAUUUGUUUUACAAGAUGGUAAGUUUUGCGAAUCUUGCAGUCUUUAUGUGCUGUUUCACAAUGUACGAGGAGCCGCACAUAGUGAUCAUGCCACUUGAUAGCGAAAGUCUCGCUUUGAAAGGAUCGCAGCUAGACGGGGGGGCUGCCAAAACAUAAGUCCUAGGCUAAACGUCAAAAUGGUUCUGAGAUGCUUGAAGGCUCCGGCACCAUCUUUUUUCAAUCCAAUCUCUUGAGAAGCUUCCAUGUGGCACAUUGGAGAGGCCGAAACGAUCCAAAAUUUGUUGAUUUCGUUACCACUAAACUAGACUUCCCCUAUGGUUGUCUCAUGGAGGGUCAUCGAAUUACGGUACAGAAACGAGAAGCCCUUCGCUAGCUUGCACUUUUAUAUUCAUACCGAAGGUUCUUCGUUACAACAGGGUCCUCAACACCUCGUGCUAUAUAAACUAGCAUCCUCCAGAGAGAUUCAUCACCAGCAAAAGAGAAGUUGCUACAAACCAAAGCACAACAAGCAGGACACCGAGAUCUCUCAAUUGUGCUUUGGUUCGUAGCAACGUUGUCUGAGAAACAGGCUUCCUCUUCUUCUCCCAAAAUGGCCUUGAUCCUCUUCCUCGCCUUCUCGCUCUUCCUCCAAGGAGCUCUGGGUAUAACCCAUGGUGACAUUGUAUGCGAGCAGUUGCCUACACAUCUCUGCUCGUUCUCUAUCGCGUCUAAUGGAAGGCGGUGUGUCCUGGAGAACUACGUGAGCCCGAUGGAUAGGAAGACGGAAUACGAAUGCAAGACCUCUCAGGUGGCUGUGGAUAUCAUGCAAGAGUGGAUCGAGACCGAUGAUUGCAUCCGUGCCUGUGGAGUGGAUAGGCAGUCCGUUGGCAUAUCUUCAGAUGCUCUCCUUCAGCCUCACUUCACUGCCAAGCUCUGCUCACCGGCAUGUUACCACAACUGCCCCAACAUUGUUGAUCUUUACUUCAACUUGGCCCUCGGAGAAGGUGUCUAUUUGUCGGAUCUCUGUGAUGUGCAACGGAGCAACCCGAAGCGGGCGAUGAGAGAGUUUCGAAGCAACGGCGCAGCAUCCGGUCCCAUGGGCGCCGCGCCUAUGGGGAGUCUCUCUGCUGGUGAACACUACUAUGAGAUUGGAUAUGCCCCUGCUGAAGCUCCCAUGUAUUACUAGGGGGUCAUACUUACAUAUGUCUGUGUUUGCGGUUGUAUCUGUCUAAUUGCCUAAUAGAUAUGAGAAUUGUAAGGUGCUAUGUCACCUAAAACUUGUAUGGUACUGUGCUAUUCUGGCAAAUGAAGGAAGAACAUUGUAAGGUAUUUGGCAAAUACAGAUUUUGCCAAAGCAGUGACAUGAUCAUUAUACCA